AGGUGUCUCAGAAGCUCCACUGUGCUGAGUUUAAAGUGACCCUGCUCUCCUGCUUUCUGAUCCAUCAACACCUUCCCUUCCGACAUGUCCUCUGAGCCCGCGACUAUUGAAGGGUCUCGACCAAUGACCCCACCACUGCCUCCCGCAGGAUCCCCCACUUCACCAGAGUCCCUGAAGCCUCCAGCCAACAGGCACCGGGAGCGCUCACCAUCCCCCAUGAGAGGCUACCUCAUACCCAGCCCUCUGCCCACGCGCAGGAACAGGACCUAUUCAGCGACAGCCCGGGCAUCAGAGGGUCCUUCGUUUAAGGGUGUGUGUAAAUGUUUUUCCCGCUCCAAAGGCCAUGGCUUCAUCACGCCAUCCGACGGCGGCAACGACAUCUUUGUCCACAUAUCAGACAUUGAGGGAGAGUAUGUGCCGGUGGAAGGCGACGAACUGAGCUACAAGAUUUGCUCCAUCCCUCCCAAAAUGGAGAAGGUCCAGGCGGUGGAUGUGACCAUAACCCAUCUCAAACCAGGCACCAAACACGAGACCUGGGGAGGACACAUCAUCAGCGACUGAGAGCCCACCCUCCAUGUAGGGGGAGGAAAGGGGGGGUGGUGGAAACAAUAGCGGGUGAUGAUCAGGUGGCUUUAAGUGAGCGGGCGAGGAAUAGGGGGAGGGCGACCUAGGAAAUGACAUCCGUCACUCUGUGACUUCUGGAACAUCACAUCAGUUCCAGCCAUCUCAUUUUUGGCUGCUGUUGAAAUUUGGGCAGCUUCCUCGGCCUUUGUUUGGCAAAAGUUUACCACAAAUCAGGAAAGUGCACCACUUUGAAUCAUUACCGCUGCUCACAACUGUGCAUAAUGUAGAACACCAUGCAUUAGUUUUCCUGCAUAGGAUUUUAGACAUCUGUUAUGAAGAUUGGGAGAUAUUUGAAAUGGUCUGCAUCUGCAGUUAUUUCUGGAAAUCUUCUGUGGGAUACACUAUAAAACAGGAUUGGUUAAGGCAUUCCUUCGGUUUAGGAAUUGGUACUGCCCAGGUGAACUGCAUGUACCUUUUUUUCACCCUGGGAACCUUUGCAUCUGCUUGUGCCUACAUAUCUCAAUUUAUCAUGUGUUUUUUUGUCUUGAUAGAUUGGUGAAAUAAAGAAUUUUCAACUGGGA